CAGCGGCGAGCGGGCGAGUCCGGCGCCGCCUCCCGGCCGCACCGCCACAGCCAGCCAGUCAGCCAGCGAGGCAGGCAGGCAGGCAGCCGCCACCCGGCCUCGCUGCUCUUCCCCGCCUUCCCCGCCCGCGCACGGAGGGGACGGCCCGCCCUCGGCCCGCCCGCCAGAGUGAGCGGUGCCCGGCCGGCCCGCCAGCCCGACUGUUCCCCGGCCGCCGUCCGGGCGCGCUCAGGAGCGGGCGCGACUAUGCCAAGAUGGUCCUACAGGCGCGGAACAAGCACCGGGAGGCGGCUCCCAAGGCGCCCCAGCCGCCCCGCGCCUCGCAGUCGCCGCUGAGGGGAGCCCCGGACCUCGGCGCCGGGGAACCCGGGCCCGAGCGCGCGCCCUCGUCCCCCGCGCGCAAGGGCGCCGCGGGCAGGAAGGGGCCCCGCGCCGAGCCCGCCUCGCCGCCCGCCGGGGGCGGCCUCCGAGGGCGCUUGGCGGCCGGACUGCGUGGGGCGUUGGGCCUGCGGCGCGCGGGGCGCGGCCGGACGUGGACCACGCUCUUGCUAGCCGCCUUUGCAGCAGUGUUGCACUGGAGCCAUAUAACACACCUGUUUGAAAAUGAUCGUCAUUUUUCUCACCUCUCAACGUUGGAAAGGGAGAUGGCUUUUCGCACUGAAAUGGGACUGUAUUAUUCUUACUUCAAGACCAUUGUGGAAGCACCCUCCUUCUUCAGUGGAGUCUGGAUGAUUAUGAAUGAUAAACUGACUGAAUACCCUCUUGUUAUUAAUACAUUGAAAAGGUUCAAUCUUUACCCUGAGGUAAUCUUGGCCAGUUGGUAUCGGAUUUAUACCAAAAUAAUGGACAUGAUUGGCAUUCAAACCAAGAUAUGUUGGACAGUUACCAGAGGAGAAGGGCUCAGUCCUAUUGAAAGCUGUGAAGGGUUGGGAGAUCCUGCUUGCUUUUAUGUUGCUGUAAUUUUUAUUUUAAAUGGAUUAAUGAUGGCAUUGUUCUUCAUAUAUGGCACAUAUUUAAGCGGCAGUCGACUGGGAGGCCUGGUCACUGUGCUGUGCUUCUUCUUCAAUCAUGGAGAGUGCACCCGUGUGAUGUGGACCCCGCCUCUCCGGGAAAGCUUCUCGUAUCCAUUCCUUGUACUGCAGAUGUUGCUUGUGACUCAUAUUCUCAGGGCUACGAAGCUUUACAGAGGAAGCUUGAUUGCGCUCUGCAUUUCCAACAUAUUUUUCAUGCUUCCAUGGCAGUUUGCACAGUUUGUACUUCUUACUCAGAUUGCAUCAUUAUUUGCAGUGUAUGUUGUGGGAUACAUUGAUAUAUGUAAACUGCAGAAGAUCAUUUAUAUACACAUGAUUUCUCUUGCACUUUGUUUUGUUUUGAUGUUUGGGAACUCAAUGUUAUUAACAUCUUACUAUGCUUCCUCUUUGAUAGUCAUUUGGGGCUUGCUAGCAGUGAAGCCACAUUUUCUGAAAAUAAACGUAUCUGAACUCAGUUUAUGGGUUAUCCAAGGCUGUUUUUGGUUAUUUGGAACUGUAAUUCUGAAGUUUUUGACUUCUAAAAUCUUUGGUAUUGCAGAUGAUGCUCACAUUGGCAACUUACUAACAUCAAAAUUCUUCAGUUACAAGGAUUUUGAUACUUUAUUGUAUACCUGUGCAGCGGAAUUUGACUUUAUGGAAAAGGAGACUCCACUGAGAUAUACAAAGACGUUGUUGCUUCCAGUUGUUCUUGUAGUGUUUAUUGCAAUUGUCAGAAAGAUUAUUAAUGACAUGUGGUAUGUCUUAACUAAACAGCAGACACAUAUAAGAAAACACCACUUUGAUCAUGGAGAGCUGGUUUAUCAUGCACUGCAACUGCUGGCAUAUACAGCCCUCGGCAUUUUAAUUAUGAGACUAAAGCUCUUCUUGACCCCACACAUGUGUGUCAUGGCUUCCCUGCUCUGCUCAAGACAGUUGUUCGGAUGGCUGUUUUGCAAAAUACAUCCUGGUGCUGUUGUUUUUGCUGUAUUAGCAGCAAUGUCCAUACAAGGUUCUGCAAAUCUACAGACCCAGUGGAAUAUUGUAGGGGAAUUCAGCAAUUUACCUCAAGAAGAACUUAUAGAAUGGAUCAAAUAUAGUACUAAACCAGAUGCGGUGUUUGCGGGCGCCAUGCCCACCAUGGCCAGCGUUAAGCUCUCUGCACUUCGGCCAGUUGUGAACCACCCACACUAUGAAGAUGCAGGUUUGAGAGCUAGAACAAAAAUAGUAUAUUCAAUGUAUAGUCGAAAAGCAGCUGAAGAGGUGAAGCGAGAAUUGAUAAAGCUGAAAGUGAAUUAUUACAUCUUAGAAGAGUCAUGGUGUGUAAGAAGAUCAAAGCCUGGUUGUAGCAUGCCUGAAAUUUGGGAUGUGGAAGAUCCUGCUAAUGCGGGGAAAACCCCCUUGUGCCACCUCUUGGUGAAGGAGUCCAAGCCGCACUUCACCACCGUGUUCCAGAACAGUGUUUACAAAGUACUUGAAGUGAUCAAACAGUGACUGCUAGAGGAGCUGCUGCCUGCAGACAGCCACAUCAGUAACAGUUUUUAUGUUUUGCUAAUAAGUCAUGUGUUGUUUUUAAUUCAGAUCCCAAACUCUUUUAUAAGUAACUGUUUUCAAAUAGAAAACGUUUUAUUUGGUUAAUUUGAAUUAUACUAUGACUGUAAAACAACUUAUACCUUUAUCAGUUGGUUACUAUUUCAAUGCAUCCCUUGAAAUUUGCUAUGCAAAUGAGUAUCUGCUUGUAUUUAAUAUUUGUGCUGAAGUGAGCAGAGCUACCUGUAUAAAACAUUUUGAUGGAUCAUGAGGAGGAGGAUGCGAACAGUCAAUUCCAGUAGGGACUCUCUUUAAAGGACGAUGAAUGUCCUAACUUUUUUUUCUUUUGCCUCAUACUCUUAUCUUUAGGGAAUUUUGUUGUUUCUCCUAAGCUCCUGAGUCCCUGGCAGCCCCUGCUGCCAGCCCAGUGUUGGUCGAUGGGGCAGGCGUGGGGCUUGGCACGGUGCACUCGUGUGUUUCACCUGCUUCCUCCUGUCGUCUGCUGCACUGGUGAAGGAAGCCUUUCCAGUCCGUCACUUAACUCUGGUUUUUGUUCUUAGUCCUUAGGACCAAAUGCCUUUCAGUUCCUCUGACUUCUAACCCUGCAGCAUAAUUGUGUGAAACUCCUGCCUCUCCAACCAUCCCUGCCAUUUUUGUCAAAUAAGUGCUAUUUACUUCUUAAGUUGCUUAUCUAGUACUUACUCUUGGCUAAAAAAAGAAAAAAGAAAAAAACCAAUAAUGGUAGCUGUAUUUUUCUCAUUUUUAAUAUUAUUGAAAUGUUUAUAUUUUAAUAUCUUUAAACCACUUUCAAAUUUUUUUAUGUUUAAUUGUAGUUUUAAGAAAAACUAUUUUGAACAACCCCAAAUAUAAUGUAUGUAGAAACUAAUGUAUAUUUGACUAGGCAUAAUUUACAGUGGAGUAUUAGCUUGCAGUAUAUGGCAAUUUUUCUUUUACUAUUCAGAUAUAAUUAAAAUGUGACUAAUUUUUGAGUCAAAAAGUAAAUGAAUAUGAUAAAUGAGUUUUUAUAUUUUACUUUUAAGAUUGCCUGUCUUAAAUAAGACAAAGCCUUAAGCCUUAUGUUAUAAUUUUGGUUCUAAAAACCAUUGUCUUAGUAUGAGGAAUGUGUAUAUUGAGUCUUCCUCUUCUUUUUCUUCCUAUUUAUUUUGAAAAUAUUCCAAACUUUGAAUUCUUGUAUGAAUUUUUGUCUCUUAGGAGUUAAUUUGUGUGAAAUGAGAUUCUUCUGAAACAGUACAUCCUUACAGUUCUGAGAAAUGGUUUUAAACUCUAAGUAAACUCUGACUAUGGCCGAGUACACAUUUAAUUAUGCAGUGUUCUCUUUAUUAACCACAGGCAGAUUACCUCAUUGUGGAUUGUCCUUGAGAACUGAGUCCUCAGGAAUGGCUCUCCAGGACUUAUUCCUGGGAGCCCCUGAAGAGCUAUUUG